UGUGAGGGUCUGGGGACAGUGGAGCUAUAGACGCCAGAACAUAAACAACAUUCACGGUGCGCCCAACCUCUCAGGCAGCUAGUGGGACAAACACUCAGAUGGCCUUGUUGUGACGGCAGUUACAAUGAUGAGCGACAGUUUUCCAGAGUUAACAUGCUUCCACCCCAACCAUGGGGUCAAUGUUAUUCUCUACGACGAUAACACUGUUGCAUACAGAAAGGCAAGUUUUGCAAAUGCGGUAACAAUAUGUGAGCGCCCUCUGCCUCCUGGGGAGAUCUUCCUGGUGGAGAUAGAGAAGACAGAGCAGGGUUGGACAGGACACAUGAGGCUUGGACUCACUCAGCUCAACCCUGGCAGCCCUGAACUGACUGAACUGCCCCCAUACUCCUUACCAGACAUGACUAACAUGGGUAACUCGUGGAUUUGUGCUAUAACCAAGAGUCACAAUCGUGUUCAGCCAGAUGCAGAAGGAGAAGCUGAAGGAGAAGAGGUUCCUGGAGAUGUUCGAAGGACAGAUGGUACUGGAGAACAAGAAGUGCAGAGGCCAGAGGUUGUGAGAAUCCCAACAGAAAAUACUCGCCCAGUGGAGAGAAGAGUUUCAGAAGAUAUCUCUGUCAAUAUGGGUGUAGAAGAGGAACGUCAGGAGGCAGAACCCCUUGAAGUGAUAAGAAUGAGAAGCAACAGACAGAGAGGGGCUAUCAGCAGUGGAGGAGCACUAGGACUAGACUCUAUAACUGUUGGUGACUAUGUUCGGACCACUCGUGGUCUAGUGCCACGCUCUGUCUUGGAGCCAACGCCUUACGAGAUUGAAGCAUCUUCUGGUCGAAAAAUAACCCUCAAGAGAGACAAUAUAUUACCUACAGAUGAGGGCAGUAGGAUUGGGGUCAUCUAUUUACCUAGAGGAAACGUAGCAGAAAUGCACUAUAUAAUAAAUGGUGAAGAUCAGGGAGCAUUUACCAAAAAGUUGCCGUACAGAGAGGCGCCGUUGUAUGCUGUAGUUGACGUAUACGGCACCACCAAGCAAGUCAGAAUAGUCCAAGUUUACGGAGUGACAAGUCUGAAGGCUACAUGUCGAGACAUCAUCCUCAAGCAUAUUGCUCAGCAUGGGGUGAAUGCUCUGCCUCUUCCUCAAAAACUUAAGGAUUACCUCCUGUUUGUUAGCUGAGAUGCACAGAUAUAGCCUACUCAAUAGGUAAUCAUUCAUUUUCAACAUUUCAUUUAAUGGACUCACUUUUUUCUAAUGUAUUUUAAAGUAAAGUUUGUAUUGUCAAGCAUUGCCAUAAUGUGACAUGACAUAUGCAAUUUACUUCAACACAACAAAUGAAUACAGUGGGUUUUUUUUUACGCAGGUCUUACCGCGUCAGCGUGAUUUCCGUGCCAAAAACUUGUGUAGCCGUUUUAUGUUGAGGGGUGGUGAUAUAUCUUAGUCAUUAACUCCUUAAUUGCAACCCAUUCAUUUCUAAUUCCCUACAAUACUCUACAACCGUUACUGUAUUACAAUAAACUCCAACGUUUCUGGACUAUAUGGGGGGCAGGAAUGGUCAUUAGAAAUGAAGAUAAAUGUUUAAUUUGAAGAAAAUCUCUUACCGAUCCUUGUGUUAUGUUUAAACAUCAUACUUUUUUGUGAUACUAUAAAUAGUUAAAUACAGGGUGGAUGUAAUGUAAUAUUUACAAACAAACAGGCCUAAAUAGUGUUAUGAAUUGUAUGUAUAUUUGCAGAUGUGAUUCGCUGCCAAAGCAGCAGAGCAUGAGAUGAUGUGUGUGGUGCAACCCGGGCACUGAUUGGUUGCUUGGCAGCGGAUAUAUCAUGUUAAUUAUUUACAACCUUAACUUUUUAAGACGGGGUGGGGGGUGUGUAUCAUAUUUCUCAGCCAGCUGGGGGGAAAAAUAAUACAGGAACACCUCGGUUCAUGAACUGAUUAGGGACCGAAAGACCACCUUAUGGCAGUUGUUUAGAUCUCUAAAGCUAAUUAUUCUCCAUAGGAACAAUGUCAUUACUGGAGUUAGAUUCUUAACUGCUUCACAAAACCCUAGUUUUGCUAAGAUUACACUUGCAAUACAGAUAUGCAAACAACUGUAACUUUCAAAAUUACCUUACCUUGGAUCCUGUUAUUAGUGUUUGUUGGAGCGGUUGAAUGCUGCUUACAUUUUAAAAGGGUGAGGUUGGAGGUGACUUGUCAGACUGAGGUUUCUUGGACCUCUGUACACUGGUGAUGGUGGUAGCUUACACAAGAAACUUUCAGGUGCUGGAGGUGAAGGCAGUGACUCCUUUUAGGCUGCAAAAGUUGAUGGUACGGGGGGGUGGGGGGGGUGUUUAAGUGCUGAAAAAAUAAAUCUAUCCAGGGUAGUCUGCACAGAUCUCCUUGUAACAGGCAAGUUUUGUUCAGACACCCCUGUACACCUUGGAAACUCUUGAGCAGUUGGGAGCCUGGUCUUCAAAAUCUGUGUCCAUCCUUAAUUUUUCUUGAGGCAUUAACCAUUAUCCUCAUAGAUAAUUGCUUUGUUGGUGGGGCAUCUUUCACCACCUUUCAGAAUGGAAAAAAAAGCAGCUUGUCUUAUAGGCUCAGUUACCUCCCCAUGUCCACCACUCUUUGUCACGUUCAUCAAGUCAUCAAUGCCCCUGAAAUCACUAAUGAUUCGGGGACAAAGCUGAACCCUUGCUAACUCGAUAUAGUCAGGGCUCUCUGUAAAUUGAGUAUAUUGAAGGUUUUUCCUAAUAUGAAUACUGUAGCCUUUUUUUUUUUUUAAAUUAGGUAAGAAAGAUUUCAAAUCACGCCCACUAAACUGAAACCUUUUAGGUACAAAGGGAUGCUUGUAGUAAGAGUUGUAUUCAUAUAUACACACAAUUACUUCUCAGAAAUUACCCCCAAACUGUAAUCUCCUCCCACCCCACACACACACA